UCAACAGCUGAUAUCGACUAGGAAACAUGGCGAAAUUAACUCAUGUCAUGUGGGGUUUGUCUUCAAAUUUUGCAGCAAAUCGGUAUUUCUCUCGAUUGUUGGCCUCACCAUGGUACAAUGUAUCCAUGGCUACAUCAUCCCGAGGAGUGUCAAUGGAAGCUGCUGUCAAAUCUGCAGAUGAUUUGAUCAUCAGUGAUAGCUGUGUGAAGCGUUUAAAAGAAAUAGCUGAUGAUAGCACAUGUUUGAGAAUUAUUGUGGAAGGUGGUGGUUGCUCUGGAUUUCAGUACAAGUUUGAUUUAGAUCCAAAUAUACAAGAAGAUGACAGAAUAUUUCAGAAGGAUGGCACUAAGGUAAUAAUAGACUCGACAUCGUUAGAAUACGUGAAAGGAUCAACGAUAGAAUUCCAUACAGAAUUAAUACGAUCUGCCUUUAGAAUAACGAACAAUCCUUUAGCCGAACAGGGAUGUAGUUGUGGUGCUAGCUUUGCUAUUAAAGUAGAAUAGAUGAUGAUGGAUGUACAUGUUAUUACAUUGAUUAAUGACAGUGUGCUGUCUCGUAAUUUAGUAUUAAUUUUGAAACAGUUUACCGAAGAUUAAUUAUACUUUAUUUAUAAUUAAUACGCGCAAGGCAAUACAUACAAUUGCUUUGGCGAUUAUACAUUAAUUUUAUCACAACACCUACUAUAAACAGUAGCUGUACAUAUCUCUUAUAUUUCUUUUAAUAUAGAAAGAACAGUUUAUAUAAUUUACAAUCGUAGAUGUCAAUUUAACUAUAAAUGGUCUAACUACAAUUGUCGUACAAGUGAUACCAAAAAGGAUUUAUGCAUCUUUUUAUUAACAAAUUUCGAUUGUAAAAUUUAUCCUGUACGAAGUGUUGGUAUAUUGCUGUAAAUAAGCAUGAGCAAAUAAGAAUAAUCGUUGCACAUGUACAAUAUUAGAAGUUGAACUUAUAACAUAAACAACGUUCAUAAAAAGAACGUCGUUUCGAUGAGUUUUUAUUUUGAUUUUAUAAAUAAUGUAACAUCGAGUUAGAGAGCUCUUUAGCGCUUUUCAGGCUAAAGACACGAGUAUGCGCAAAAUCAGUGGUUUUCAGAUAUGAGCUAAAUAUGUACAUAAGAUUUAUCAAUGAUCCCGAUUAAACCAUACCACUGAAUGGAA